AUGGCAGCGCCGGCGGGGGACGCACGCGGGCCGGUGGAGGGCUCCAUCCGGGAGCGGGUCCCGCCGCUGCUCACGGACCUGUACCAGUUCACCAUGGCCUACGCGCACUGGCGGGCCGGGCGGCACCGCGAGCCCGCCGUGUUCGAGCUCUUCUUCCGGGACAACCCGUUCUGCGGAGGCUUCUCCGUGUUCGCCGGGCUGCACGACUGCCUGCUCUUCCUGCGCGGCUUCCGGCUGUCGGAGCGAGAGCUGGACUUCCUGCGCUCAGUGCUGCCCCCCUCCACCCACCCGGACUUCUUUGACUUCCUGCGGGACCUGGACUGCUCAGACGUGAGCGUGCGCUCGGUGCCGGAGGGCUCGGUGGUGUUUGCGCGGGUCCCUCUGAUGGAGGUGUCAGGUCCACUGGCCAUGGUCCAGCUGCUGGAGACCAGCCUGCUGUGUCUGGUCAACUAUGCCAGUCUGGUCUGCAGCAACGCGGCCCGCUUCCGUCUGGCGGCGGGUCCCAGCAGGAAGCUGCUGGAGAUGGGUCUGAGGAGGGCUCAGGGUCCGGACGGAGGCCUGAGCGCGUCCCGCUACUCCUACAUCGGAGGGUUCGACCUCACCAGCAACGUCCAGGCCGGGCUGCUGUUUGGGAUCCCGGUGGCCGGCACCAUGGCGCACUCCUUCGUCACCUCCUUCAGCUCGCUGGAGCAGGCGCAGCCGCAGACUCUGGCGGCAGCGAGCGGCGAGCCCGACCCGGUGGACUUCGUCUCCCUGUCCAAGGGCUGGCUGGGACGUGUGCGGGAGCUCCUGGGAGCGGAGGCCUGGAAGAGCCACGAGGGCGAGUUGGCCGCCUUCCUGUCGUACGCCGUGGCCUUCCCGCGCAGCUUCCUGCCUGUCAUCGACAGCUACAGCGUCACAUGCAGCGGCCUGCCCAACUUCUGCGCCGUGGCGGCGGCGCUGUGCGAGCUGGGCUACCAGCCGGUGGGCGUGCGGCUGGACAGCGGCGACCUCUGCAGGCAGUCGGUGGAAGUGCGGCGCGUCUUCAGACUCUGCAGCCAGCAGUUCUCCAUGGCGCCCUUCCUGUCGCUCGUCAUCGUGGGCAGCAACAACAUCUCAGAGCACAGCAUGAGGGAGCUCAGCCACAAGGAGAGCGAGAUCGACACCGUCGGCGUCGGGACGCACCUGGUCACCUGCACCGAGCAGCCGUCGCUCGGCUGCGUCUACAAGCUGGUGGAGGUGAGGGGGCUCCCGCGGAUGAAGAUCAGUGAGGACCCAGAAAAAAGCACGGUCCCUGGGAGGAAGCGCGUCCACAGACUGGUGGAUGAUGAAGGUCAUGUGUUCCUGGACCUGCUGAGUCUGGAGGCGGAGCCUGCUCCGGAGCCAGGCCGCCCGCUCACCUGCUUCCCUCUGGGCCUCGACGGCGGCGCCGUGACGGUCACGCCGGCUCAGGUCACAUGUCUGCGACAGGAGGUCUUCUCCAGAGGUCAGGUCACGCAGCCUCCCUGCAGCAGCGCAGAGACUCGCGCCCGAGUCCAGGACUCCCUGAGGAGUCUGCACCCUCGACACAAGCGGCUCCAAGAGCCCGACUCCUACACGGUGGCGCUGUCGCUGCAGCUCCACUCGCUGGCGGGAGAGCUGCGCGGAGCCAGUGCCUGCAACAACAACUUCCUGUUCGCCAGCUCGCCAGAGUAAAGUGUUUUGAGUUCCAA